GCUGUCUGCGCCUCGGGACCAGACAAGAUGUUUAAACUACUAACGAGUACCGUCGGUGUGCUGCUAAUGGUGACCCGACACGGCAUCGCCACAGCCGACCCAAGCUGGGAAGAAUACAUCACUAGGCAGAAGACUAAAGCAAACGACUAUUUUGAAACCCAAAUUAACUACAUAAAGCAAAUAAUGGAUUCCACCUACAAGGAAAUUAACGGCAAUACCUGGAUAAAGGCUGUAGAGGACUACAUAGACAAUUUUAAGGAUAGAACUUCCUUCAUGCAUUCAGAUGACCCAGGCGCAAGACUUAAAGACCCUGAACUAAUUUUAUCUGUACCAGCGAUGGUGACCAGCAACGGGUACGACUGUGAAACGCAUUCAGUGGUAUCUGAAGGCUACAUUUUGACUGUGCACAGGAUUCCGAGAGCUAAGGCAGGUGGGUCUACACCUAAUAAGGCAGUCAUCCUCCAACACGGGCUGUUCGACAGUUCCGCGAACUUCAUCGCCAGUGGACCAGAGAAAUCCCUCGGGUACGUCUUGGCAGAUGCCGGGUACGACGUGUGGAUGGCCAACGUGAGAGGCAACAGGUACUGCCGGGAACACUCUCGGUACAAAACUAACACGAAAGAGUUCUGGAACUUUUCGUUCCACGAAAUUGGACUUUACGAUAUGCCAGCUAUAAUUGAUUACAUACAUAAAGUUAAGGGGGACGGCGCUAAGGUUGGGUACAUAGGGCAUUCUAUGGGGACGACGAUCAUGUACACGAUGUUGUCGCUUCGGCCGGAGUACAAUGAGAAGUUGAGCGUGGGCGUGGCCUUGGCGCCGGCGGUGUUUAUGGCGAACAUGGAGUCUCCGGUGAGGGUGCUGCACGCGGGCGCGAGCCGGGCUGCGCACGCGGCGCUCUUGCUGCGCUCGUACGAAGUAGGACAAGCAGACUACUUGGAUAGACUCGGCAAGAUAUGUCAAACGGAGUUGGCCAGCGACUACUGCAAGCGUUUAGCGUUUUAUAUCAUCGGUAAGGACGAGGAACAGUGGAACAAGUUCCGCAUGCUCCAAUUCUUGGCGAACGGCGGCGGCGCUUCCUGGAAGUGUAUACUGCAUUACGCCCAAACGCAUCUCUCUGGAAAAUUCCAGCAGUUCGACUACGAAUCCCCGGCACGAAACCGAGCCGUGUACAACUCUGAUACACCGCCCGAGUACGACUUAAAGAAAGUGACGUUAAACACGACUUUGUUUUGGGCUGAAAAUGACUUGAUGUGCAGUGAAAAAGAUGUGCAAAAACUCCACGACACGCUUCCGGAGACCACCACGAUGUACAUGGUCCCUUUCUCGAAAUUCAACCAUGCAGAUUACCUAUGGGCAGUAGACGCGCCAAAAUUAGUGAAUGUAAAAAUUUUAGAAGUAUUAGAAGAAGGUAUGAAAAUGUAAUAAAUAUAACUUUUUCCUUUAUAGGUAGUAUUUUAGAUAAACAGCA